UCUAUCAAGUUUUGGUGGGGUUACGUCCGCGCGGAGGCCAGCGCCACGCGGCUGGUCGUCGAGGUGGUGUCAGACCUGGACGGGAAGCUGCUGGACAGCUUCACGCUGAGGAAGCCCAAGGGGUGGGGCGAGAAGUUCAUGGCGGGAAGACCGGGGCGGGGCAGCGGGCCCAACGCAGCGGCGGCAGUGGAUGCGGCGCGGCAAGCAGGAGGGAAUGAAGGGGUGCGGCGGGCGGAGGGCGGCGCGUGGGGGUGGUGGCAGGGCUUGGGGCCACUGGCAGCUGUCGGGACGGCGGAGGAGCGCCGGUGA